AAACUAUUCAAAUUAAAAAAGUGUGAGCUGUAAAACUUUUUUUUAUUGUUUUUCACAUUGGCAUUCUAAGUUAUCUCACCUACUUGCAAACAGGAAAUAUUUGAAUGCCGCCGCUUUGCAAUAUUUCAUCACGCCGGUAUAGACUUGUUUUUUAAUGAAAAGGAUCCCUAUUGCGCAUGGGUGUCACGAGUCUGCGUCACACAUUGUUAUUGUUUUUCACGGGUAAUUACGGCGCAUAACCUGAAAACAUUGUUGAAUUGUGAUGUUGUGAGUGCCACAAAGCAAGCUCUCUCGCGUCGUUUCUUAUCUUGUUCGUAGAAUUUGCUUAUUUGAUUAUUCAAAAUGUUGUGUUCGGAAGGUCCAUCGUUACGUCUGGCGGACAGAGUGCUCGCGAUGUCCGAUUUGGAGAAACAGCUCGAUUUCUCGUGUAUUUACGAACGAAAAGCGAAGUACGAAUUGGCGAGUGAGGAGACUAGUCCCGCUAAAGAUUCGCCGGAAUGCAAAUGUCUACGUCCUCAAGAGGUUUCCAGCAAGCAAGACAGGCAUCUUUGCAACGCACACAAGGAUUUCUUUCCAAGUUUAGAAGCGAUUGACGAAGAACAAGAGGGGAAUGUUGCAUCGGUAGCCGAGCUAGGCAUGAAGUACGAUCUAACUCUGCCGGACAGACAUUAUAGUCAAGCGAAGAACAUGGGUUACUUACAACAUCGCAAAGGAAGGCAUUAUCGACGCAAAGUGUUCGCUAAAGAUAACGACUUCCCGCGCAGGGAACGAUCUAUUACGUUUUAGGGACAGUGUGUCAAUUGUAAGAUGAUAGAAACUGUCGCACUAUUUGCCCUUGAUACCAUUUUAUCAGUUGUGCUCUGACAGCAACGUUGUAUAACUCAAGCUUGUAUGUUGGUCUUAGGAUAUUACCACUUUAGGAACACUUUUACAUUUUAUUUGCAACUCGUUUGCCCUAGAUAGCUCUAUAUUGAACCGUCGCGCCAUUGAUCUCGGGAACAUUUACGAAUUACUUUUUGGUAGGAACAACCAGUUAGAGUUUAGGGAGAGUUGAAUAUUAAAAAAGGGAAAAUGUGGCGCGAUUAUUUACCGUUAGUACGCUGAUUAUACUGACAGCGAACGAUGAUAGAAUCUUGUGAAAAGAUUUAUUGAUAUACAAAACAGUAGAGAUGAAAAUUCAUCUAUUGGUGAACCGCAUGUUUAUUUACGAUUAUUGUUAACAUUGAGAUUCGAAGAAAGGAAAUAUCGAAGCAAAAUUAAGGGAUUUUUGUGUAAACACAUUGCUGCGAACUGCAAAGAAUUCGUGGUGUCGUACAGUACAAAUAUCGAGACGUGACGAACUUGGCGGGUUUACGCGGGGAACAGCGAUGGCAGACUUGAAAGAAUACCGCAUCACAGCACGAGAUAAUAGAUUACAAAUAGUUGAAAGCUGCUCACAGGAAAGCAACGUUUGAUCAAAUUUGACCUUACUGCGAGAGGAUUGUUUUUGCAACGACUAUUUUGUGAAGACUGAAUUCUUGGCUAUCUAGAUCCGCGCAUUUUGACUUCGCGCCAACCAACGCAAUUCCCGCCAACACACAUUAUUUUUUUUCAAAACAUCUGCUGCAGUUUAACAUAUUUUCUAGUAUCUUCAUUCUAUUGUGGAUUGAUUGGAGAACAAGGGAAAAAAUAUGUUUGAAAUAAUUGCACUGUAAAGGUCACAAAGAUAGCAAGAUUAUCAGAAUCGAGUAUCAGAAAACAUUGAUCAAUUUCAUGCACAUUGUUUUUCUCGUUCACUCGCGUUGAUUGAACUGGUAUAUUAAAAUGAAUUUGCAACUCAUCGUCUUAUAAGCUCCAUGUCACUUUGAGUCAAAUGAUGGCUUAGUGAUGCGUUUCCAUGUAAACAUCAUUUAAGAAUGCAAAUCCACACAGCUUCGAGUCUUUGUGUGAGUGUGUCCAUUAUUGAUGCCUAUGAACACUUGAAUAUAGUUUCGAAAGAUUCACAGCUAGUGAAUUUCAUUGGAAGAACUCCAAAUUGUCAUGUUUGAGUUGCAAUAUUAAUUUCAGAUCGAUCUAAUUAGGACUUGACUUUCAUCAUAAUUGCGUGAUAUUACUUCCAGAUUUUAAUAAUAGUCAUUUCAAUUGCAUGUGCUCUUCGGACGUGACGUUCAUAACAAGUUGUUUUUAACAAAAACUAUCCCGCUGACUGCCGCCGUGCAAACGUAAAUAAUGAAUAAUUGACGAGAUUUACUUGUGAAUGUUUACGAUAGAAAACUUGUUGACGAGAUUUUAAAAAUCUGAAAUAAAACAGCUUUGGAAAACCGUAAAAUUUGCAAAAGAAUAGUGUUUUCAAAAACCCGUAUAGUUUGCAGGCUUUUUUCGCAAUUCUUGUCCCCAGGGUUUCUCGGCUUACUGGGCGGGUAUUCACCUAACCUGCGAACGGGCAUACUCUGGGUUCUAGAUAGCAAAAAUAUUGCAAGUAUUGUAAAUAGUUAGAUCUUUAUGUCUUGUUUAAAGGCACACGAUCACCUGUAAGCGAUGUUAUUUAAUGGUUCAAAUCCGAAAACCUUGCCCAUGUAACAACGCUCAAAGAGUGACUGUUUGCCUGGAAAUUAAUUGAUUGAUAUUUUAUAGUGUAAAUAGAUUUGCUAGAUUUAUUUAAUGAUCCAAAAAUACCAUGGAUCGUGUGUGUAUGUACAUAGAAAGGGAUUAAAGGUGUUUUUAAACUCUUUAUGGA